CUCCUUCCGCGUGGUUGCCCUGCCUGCAUGGGUCCAGAGAGCAAUCAAAGAAAUCCCCCACCAGGCCCGGCCGCCAAUCGCGUGCCGGGGAUGCUGUUCCCCGACCUGGGUUGCCAUGGCUCCUCACAUCAAUCAAGAGGCAAGCAACCAAUGGGAGGACGGGGCCGGCGCGCGCACGGCGUCGGCUUUUCCUGCUCGGCGCUGCUGCCAAUGAUCCGAGCUCGGUGCAAGUUGUCAAAGGCUCGGCUCGUUUAACAAGUCAGAUCACUCCGGCUUAGCAAGUCAUGGCGACCACAGCAUCUAAUCAUUACAUUACGAGCGGCAAUAUCCUCACCUCCAACUCCAUCGUGCACGCCGAGCCGGGGAGCAUGCAACAAGGGACAGCCUACAGGGAUGCACAGAAACUGGUCCAGAAUGAUUACAUGCAAAGCAAUGGGCACCCUCUCAGCCACGCUCAUCAAUGGUUAACCGCUCUCUCACACGCCGAGGGAUCUCCGUGGUCGGCCGGCGUGGCGGCCAGUCCCCUCGGCCAACAAGACAUCAAACCCACGGUGCAAUCGGGGAGGGACGAACUCCACAGCGGGGGCACCUUGCACCACCGGCCGCCUCACAUGGUGCACCAGCACGGCAACCACCACGGCGCAUGGGGCAACACCACCUCAGCCCACAUCCCCAGCAUGGCAUCCAACGGCCAAAGUCUCAUCUACUCGCAGCCGGGUUUCACGGUCAAUGGCAUGAUCAACCCAGCAUCGACCCAAGGCAUGCACCAUGGACUGAGGGAAGCCCACGAGGAGCAUCACCACGGGGACCAUAGUCAACACCACCAGCAGCAACAUCAGCAGCAACACCACCAUCACCAGCACCAGCAUCAGGGUCACGAACACUCGGACGAGGACACCCCUACCUCGGACGACUUGGAACAGUUCGCCAAGCAGUUCAAACAGAGGAGGAUCAAGCUAGGAUUUACCCAAGCCGACGUGGGACUAGCUCUUGGGACGCUCUACGGCAAUGUCUUCUCGCAGACUACCAUCUGCAGGUUCGAAGCGCUUCAGCUGAGCUUUAAAAACAUGUGCAAACUCAAACCCUUGUUGAACAAGUGGCUGGAGGAGGCCGACUCGUCGUCUGGAAGCCCCACCAGCAUAGACAAAAUUGCUGCCCAAGGCAGGAAGAGGAAAAAGAGGACCUCUAUAGAGGUGAGCGUCAAGGGGGCUUUGGAGAGCCAUUUUUUGAAGUGCCCAAAGCCCUCGGCCCAGGAGAUCACCACUCUGGCGGACAGUCUGCAGCUGGAGAAGGAGGUGGUCAGGGUUUGGUUUUGUAAUAGAAGACAAAAAGAGAAACGAAUGACUCCUCCCGGAGGAGCUCACCCCGGAGCCGAGGAUGUAUAUGGGGCCAGGGACACCCCGCCGUCACAUCAUGGGGUUCAGACUUCUGUACAGUGAAUGCUCUCCCCCUCACAUCUUUUGUUCCUUUUAUUUGUUCUUUUCUUAACGAACAGCUUAAAACACCGGACUAUCGUUGCGAUAGCACAUGUUAAUGAUGUGUUUUGACCUAUACAGAUGGAGCUCGCAGGCAAAUGGAGUGAGUAUAUAAAUAAUAACAGAGGCACUGAUAUACAUACCUUUAGAAAACUGUGGCGAAGAGACACAAAACUGCCUAGGAUAGAAUGGGACCUGAAAGGCUGCUAUAAUUGUUAAUGUAUAGAUCCACUGUGACAGGCAGAAGCAAAGGGUUUUGUGUGUGUGUGUGUGUGUGUGUGUGUGUGUGUGUGUGUGUGUGUGUGUGUGUGUGUGUGUCUGAAAGCAGAGGAGGAUUUGGCCACGAGCUGCAGUUUUGAUUGUUGCAGGAAAAGGUAAAAGGAGUGGAAAAGAGAAUUCCAGUACACUGCUCUCCGGACUAGCCACUAUUCUAGUCAUUUUGCGGGUUUGUUUAAAAGAAAAUCCCAACAGAGUGGGAGACAUUUCUCCUGGGCGCUGAAUUGUACAAGACGAGAGGCAGUGUAUGGGAGCAGAAAAUAGGCUGUGUCAAUCAGGCAGAGAGGGGCUCAGCUCAAACGAUACAGUUCUCUCCAGGAACUGAAGUUGAGAGCUGCGAAAUAGCAAACAGAAUCAAUUCACAUAAACACAAAGAAGUAAAUAAAUGAACGACAAAUCGAUACAUUUCAGGCGCUAUAAAGUAUUACAGAUCACCGACUAAAAGUUUUACCCCCAUGUUUAAUAAAAACUAAUUCCGGUGGCAAGAAAUGCAAUACCUUUUAUACGAGAGGACUAUUACAAAUAUGCUAGCCAGCGUCUUAACGCCUCCGAAUUAGCACUGUACAAUAAUGAAUAAAUAAAAUUUCAGAGUCAAAAUGUUGUAGUUCCUGCCACAUUUUUUCGAAAAAAUAUAUUGCAGUAUAAAACAUUGUACUUAUUAAACGUGCGUCUACAAUCUAACAUAAAAACAAUCUACAGUCGGAUAAAAUGAGACAAAAAACCUUUAAAACAUAUCAGUAUAUUGCGCUUUCUUACAAAGAACAUAUCCAAACAUUCAAAAUUCUAGAAAAGGUGUGUACAUAUUUGAGAUAUUUUGAUGUGGUGAUAUGAUUGUAAUUUAACCGCAGUUAUAGCGAUUCCUAAAGACAAUAAAAUUUAGUAAAGUGUUAGAAAAACAUUUAAAAA